CAGCCGACAAUGGGCUUGCAUCAUAAAUAACUACUAAUUAUUCUUUGUAAAUCAGUCACAUUUGACCUAUGAGACAUUACGGUUUGACCCUCUCGAGCACGGCCAGUGCAGCCGACUGACAGAUCUACACAUCGCCUUGUAUCAUACAUAACGACUCAUUAUUAUUUGUAGAUAGUAAGAAUUUACCCACGACACAUCACGGUUUUGAUGCUCUCGAACCCGGUCUACGAGUAUUUUCUCAACAUUGUACAUACUGCCGCAUUCAUGACAACUUGGAACUUUCCGACAUGGAAUCUCGUUGUAUAAAGUUAAUGUCCGAGUUUCUCCACUUGGAACUUAUCAGAAUCAACCAAAAGGAAGCUCUGCAAAAAAACGUACGCAAAUGUUAACUCGGGGAUUCCGAGUUUCCGACUUGUCUGGAACGCGGCAUAGUAGCUUCUCCACGUCUCACACUGCUGGCCUUGCUGCCACACACUGCCGCCGGUGACUCCGAAGUGGAAGAUGGCUGCGGUGGAGCGUCCCCCAGUCAAGGAAGGGGUCCGGAUAGCUUUACUCUGUUUCUGUUGGUAUACUGUUAGUUCGGGAGGCAACGUAGUUAACAAAAUUAUUCUAAAUGGGUUCCCUUAUCCUGUCACAGUUUCGCUUUUUCAUAUAUUCUCAAUCGUCGUCUUCCUUCCACCGUUGCUGCGAGCAUGGGGAGUCCCCAAAACAGAAAUACCAACUAGAUACUUCAAAUGGUAUAUUAUCCCUUUAGCUUUUGGAAAAUACUUCGCAUCUGUGUCGGCCCACUUCAGUAUAUGGAAGGUACCGGUUUCCUACGCACACACUGUCAAAGCCACAAUGCCAAUAUGGGUUGUGUUGUUAUCAAGGAUUAUCAUGAAGGAGAAGCAAACAACAAAAGUGUACGUAUCUCUCAUCCCCAUCAUCGGAGGAGUGCUUCUGGCCACGAUGACAGAAAUGUCCUUUGAUGUAUCUGGGUUAGUCAGUGCCCUGGCUGCCACACUCUGCUUCUCUCUGCAAAACAUCUUCUCCAAAAAGGUGCUGCGGGACACGAGGAUCCACCACCUGAGGCUUCUCAACAUACUGGGCUUCAAUGCUGUUUUCUUCAUGGUGCCUACGUGGGUUCUGGUGGACCUCUCCUCAUUCUUGGUUGAGGGGGAUUUUACGGGCAUGUCUGAAUGGACAGGCACCUUUCUCCUCCUCCUGGUCAGCGGCUUCUGUAACUUUGCCCAGAAUGUCAUCGCCUUCAGUGUCCUCAACCUGAUCAGCCCGCUGAGCUACGCCGUGGCCAACGCCACCAAGAGGAUCAUGGUCAUUAGCAUAUCGCUCCUAAUGCUACGCAACCCCGUCAGCUCCACCAACAUCAUGGGCAUGAUGACUGCAAUAGUGGGCGUCUUCCUGUACAACAAGGCGAAAUAUGACGCAAACAAGGAAGCUAAGAAAAAGCUGCUGCCUUCCUCCAAGCAGGACAUGAUGUCCUUUGACAAUUUGGGACUGGACAAGACGCAGCCCAAUGGUUCAGUGCCUUUCUCCCAAGGUUCAGACAUUCAGUAUGGUCGAAGCAACGUGUUGACCGACCACUUCCAGUACAGCCGGCAGGCCUACACAAUGAACUACGGUGCCUCCAACCACCAGUAUGUGGUUUAGGCUGGUGGAUUUCUCCAUGGACAUAUUGUAUUUGUUUCCAGCAGAAUUCUUAAACCACCUCUAACAAAAAGAAAGGCAAGUGCUGUCGUAUUGGCGGAGAGGGAAGUAUCAGUCAUGAGUUGGCCAGCGUUUUGUCCCAAACAUGUUCUCUAACAUAUUCUCUUCACCUCCUUGUGUUGUAUUUAUUUUGAUAUGAACACUUAAAAAGGGAUAGUUAAGUCAAAAUCAAAGUUUGUCAGAUGUUUUCAGACCCCAAAUGUUGUCCACUUCCAACCCUGUCCUUCGUCAACUGUUGCAGAUAGUGUCAAUCUUUCCAGUUAAUUUUGGAUUGAUGCAUACCACUGGAUCUACAAAACAGAUGGCUUGGAACAUGGACUCGUUUGACAAAUUUAGAUUUUGGAGUGAACUAUCUGUUUGCUUUUUGUUUGCUUGCUAAGGAAGGGAUGUUCUUAUUAAAUGACCGAUAUGUAAAUAUGGAACAAAAUUAAUUAAAAAAUAUGGGAUGUUCUUAUUCUUUUCUUCUGUGGGAGUUCGCUAACAUGGGAAUAAUUGUUACUGUAGCUACAAUAGCGUAGUUCAAAAAUAAAUAGUUCACCACUUUGAUAUACAGUUAAAGGCCACGAAAUGUUUACCAUGCCCAUAAUGCCUUGUGAAUCAGGCUUGUCCUCAAGGUUACAUUGACCCCAAUUUUAUCACAGAAGGCAUGAACAUUUUACAUAAAUGUUUUGCAGAGAUUGGCAACAUUUGUCCUAUACAUGUAAAACCGUUUGCCCUUAUGACAUUUUCUGGUUUGUCUGUAACUAGUAAUGGAGGAAUGAAAAUGUAUAUAAUCGGUUGUAGGUACAGAAAGGUUCCUGGUUUGAAUACCCAAUCCGAAAAAGGGGAAAAAUAUGUCUGUGUCUUUGAACAAGGCCCUUGUCAGCCAUAGUAGUACCUCUGGAGGUUAAUGUGAAACGACACAUUUCACUGCUCUAUCCAGUGUAUGUGACAAAAACAUAUUUUUUAAUUAAUUUUGUUCCAUAUUUACAUAUCGGUCAUUUAAUCAAUUCGUAUCUGAUCUGGUAAUAGCUGUGGAAUAUGUCGGUAGAAGGGUCAGGAUUGGCAGACUUACUGGAUCAGGCUUAAGUGUCAGUAGACUCCACUUGUUUUGCCUGUUUGUCAUUUUGUUCUUAAUAUUCACACUUACAAUCAUGUUCUGAUUAAGGAGUAGUAUUUCCCCCUGCAUGUGAGUAAUUUCGCCUACAGGGAACAAUAGCUGUUUUUCAAAGCUGGUGUGACGCACCUGAACUGGUUAUUUACUUUGCAAAUCAAUGAAAGAUGUGACGGAAACUAACUAACUUGUGUGACACUCUAGCAAAAUGUUAUCCUUGUUGAAUAUAAAAGGAAUAUUCUUCUAGUCCAACUUUUUUAUUUGAGUUUGCGUGUUUCAAUUUGCUACAGCACAUUCAAGCAUUUUAAGUGGAGAAUUUCUUUGAAGUUACUUAACGGCAGGAAAGUUGGAUCUAACCUGAUUUUAUUGCAUGUUCAGCAACUGGCCGGCAACAAACUACAAGCUGAGAUUUUAAAAAAGCAUUUUCGCUGUUUACCAUAAAUACAAAUAAUGUAUUUGAAUAUUCCCCUAUAGUAUAUGAUGUAUAGUUGUGGAAGACUGCACAGAGGAUCCAUGUGUAUUUACACAUUUAAGGAACUCUUGUGUGUGAGCUUGUGUGGAAUUCUCAGGUAGUUCCAAGCUUAUCAUAGUCCAUUUAGUGAAACUUCCAUAUCAUUUAGUUCGGCAGGUUUGGUCUGUUUACGUAAUGAAAUUCAUACUGGCGUGGUGAUUAGGCUAUGGGGAUUUGAAUACAUUUGACUGUCACUUAUGCCUGUUCUCUGCAUGUCCUCAUGAAUGAGUUUUGACUUGACUUUGUCCUAUCAUUGUCUUUUGAAUCUUCUUUACAGAAAAAACUAUUUGUAGAAAUCUGUAAUUGGAUAACAAAUGUUUUAUUUGUGGAAGGAAUAUCAAAUGUUGGAGCCACAAUUUGGAUUCUACUAAAUCAUUUUUCUGUCACCUUUAACAUAAGAUGUUAUGAAGCGCUGUGGUAAGUCAGCUUGGAUCCCAUUUUAUUAUUUUGUUACUUAUUUUGUAUUAUUUUAUGUCAUUCUGUUCAAAUGUCUCAUGGUCUCUUCUUAAAUCUAUGGUCGAGUUUGUCAUGUCCUUACGCAAGGUGCCAAAUGGAAGGCGCUACCUGGCUCAAAGUGCAUCACAAGGAUUUUUUUUUUUUUACUAUAAUUUUUUGACCCAGUAGCAUGGAGUGAUGAAUUCUGAUGUGCAUUAUGUAUAUGUUUAAUUUAACGUAAAGCCUAAUUUGUCUAUACAGUAGGCUAAUGGAUAACACUUUGAACAUGAGAAUUUAGAGAAACUUUGUUAGUUCUGGGGCGGUAUUUGCUAUGAGGUUAUUUACUGGAAUGUACAUUUGGAUAUGUGGGGUUUGCUUUGUAAAAGUUGUAUAAAUGCAAUUUUUUGUGUUUUAAAUAAUCUUGAAAAACUGAAUUUUUACUGAACCAAUGUUUAUAGAUUUUUAUUUAUGGUGUCUAGGUACAGAAAAGUAUACAUAAGUGCAACCAUGCACAGUGUUGUCUGCUUACGUUUAGUAAAUACUAUUUUUAAAUGUCUAAAAAAAUAAAUGCAUUGUGAAAUGAA